AUGGAAGAUACUCCGAUGAAAGAUGGGGCUUCGCAGCUCUCCCAGCUUUGGGAAGCAAAUCCAACAGUGCGACGUCGUGCAGCUGUUUACGUCAUGGUGAAGUUGCCGCCCAGUGGCCGGAUUGAUCGUGCUUGCAUCGACCUCAACGAAGAAGUCCUGACACCCAUCAUCCAGGAGUUGGGAGCAAGAGUUGGGGUUGAUGUUCUGGAAGAGCAUGUCUAUUCCCUCUACAAGCUGAUGAAAGCUUCUCUUUCAUGCAUCUUCUCUUGCCUGGUCUUUGAAAAGGCUGGUUUCGGUCUUCAAGAGAUCGAUCUCGCGGCCCCACCGACCCCGGCUAAAGAACCCCUGCUGAGCCUGGCACCCACACCAAGGUCUGUCAAGGGGGACUUUGCAGAGGCUGGUGCAGGCCCCAUCGUGCCAGCGGACAUGGCACCCGUGCCCAAAGCUUCAGCUGUUGAGAGUGAGCCCCACAAGGGCCCCACAGAGAAAGCUGCAGCCCCCAAGCAUAAACGUGUGCAUGAGCUUCCCAGGGAGCCCACCGAGAAAGCAGCACCCCCAGAGCGCAAACGUGUGCAUGAGCCUCCCAGGGAGCCCAGCGAGAAAGCAGCACCCCCCGAGUGCAAACGUGUGCGUGAGCCUCCCAGAGAGCCCACAGAGAAAGCAGCACCCCCCGAGUGCAAACAUGUGCAUGAGCCUCCCAAGGAGCCCGCAGAGAAAGCAGCACCCCCCGAGCGCAAACGUGUGCGUGAGCCUCGCACGGAGCCCGCAGAGAAAGCAGCCUAUGACGCCGAUGAGCCCCCACCCGAGCCCUCUGAUGGUGGAGUCCGUGCCCACAAAAACAGGAUGAAGGCUUUGAAGGUUAGUUUGGAGGCUGGGAAGAAGCGAAAGCAAGAUGAUGAUGAAGCAGGAGCGUCUACUCCGUUGUCGACAAUCUCUACAGCACCGUCCUCGACCGAAGGCUCUGGUGGCUUGGUUCACUCCCAGGCCAACGCUGGCCGUUUCAUCUGGCAGUUCCUUGCCAUCCCGUUCAUCCUCGCUGACAACUACUCAGAUGAUGUCACCGGCUCCGGCCGGUGCCAUGGCACCGCCUACUGUGAAGAGCUCAACGAAGAAGGCUGGAUCGAAGCCAGCCCCAGCAUCCCCAGCCCCAAGCGCACACUCGAGCGGAUCAUCAUACUCAGAUGGUUCUUACUGGCGGGCGAGCUGAAGUGCAGUGAGAAGGCGAUGGAAAUGUUCAAAGACCCCAAAGGGAGAGAGAAACUCCGGGACUUGCUCGCCAAACACGGCGACUUUAAGGCCGUAGAGGUGGAGUUGGAGAAGGUUUCCACCCAGAAGGCCCUCAAUGAGGUGGAGGGGUCGACCAUGAUUGGAAAUGCCCGCCGGUGGGCAGCAUCCAAAGGAUUAGUGCGCACAAAUCCGGUGCAUGGCCUCGAAGAGAUCAAGAUCCCCACCAAAGAGUCCUUCAAGUUUAGCAAUGAGCAGCUUCAGCGUUGCAGAAAUUCGGGAACUUUCGAGGCUGAGGACAACUCGGGCUUCCUGCUCUCCGACACCGUCGGCAUGGCCGAUGCCUUGACGAGACCAGCUUGCAUGAAGGGCGACGUGAACCAUGCUCGGGUGGCACUUUCUACGGUGGCAAACAGCGCAAAGGAGAAGUGCUUGCCAGUGCUGCAAGCGAAUCAGGAUGUUUUCAGUGUCCUGGCUGUCUAUAUCGACAUGUGCGGCAAGAAAGUUGACAAAGCCACCGAGCUAUCGGUGGCCUGGCUUAGGCUGUCGACUGAGUUGAAGCCAAAGAUUGCUGAGAUGGAAACGGACUACCGAUCCCUCCUCCAGUUCCAGACCGAUGCGGUGCUUGAUGCUGGUACCCCACCAUCGAGGAAGACGAAAGAGGAUCUCUUGAAGUGCUACGCAAGUUGCACUCGCCUCGACCUGGCUAUCAAUGCCUUGAUGAUUCGGGGCAGGAGCAUCAAGCUGCCCGUCACGGCCAAACAUGGUGGGUGCUGCCGCGGCAAAGUCUUCGGCCUCGAAAAAGAGGCGUACGUAAGCGAGCUUACCUUUUUGGGUCUGAUCGAACAGGGUGUUUCUCUGGGAGACAACAACGACUUGAUUUCCCGUCUGGCUGGUGGACAGCGCUCUCGCCGUGAGCAAGAAGACCAUGACCUCGAUCAAGAAGCAGCGGGUGCAAUCUUGUCAAGAUACUUCAAUGGAGCAGACUCUGCGAAACAGGCAUCGGAAACUGCGACUUUGAUGUGCAAAUUUGGGGAUGGACAGCUGGACCUACUGUACAAGCUUUCAGCUGCUGGUCGUGGCUGUUCGAACACUUGCCGAAACCUUCAUCGGCUGAUACACCGCGAGAAUAUGACAGUUCCCGUAGAGCUCAGCUUCGUGGAAACUCCAGUUCGAAAGAGAUGGCCUACGAUCAAGAAGGUGACUGUUGCCUACCCAGUUAUCUAUCCAAGCAGUUGGAUGAGAUAUCUGCUGCAGGAGCAUAGCUACCUGGUCUUAGGCGGAAACGACAUCCAGGACUCUGCAAGGUGGCAAGCGUUGCUUUCUGAGUUUUGGCAACUCCACAACGCAUAUGAUCCGAAGCACAUCAUGAACGGCCCCGUCACCCCGCCUGCGACUCACACUAUUCCAUUGUAUAUCCAUGGUGACGAAGGGAGGGGGAAGUACAAGCUUCCCAUCAUGGUGGAAGCUGUGCAGCCGUGCAUAUCUUUUAAAGGUGUGACGUUCAAGAACAGCAGUGGGCACACCUAUUGCACUCGAUUCCUCUACACCGUCGUGCCAGCUGAACUUUACUGGACAGAUGCAACCCUCGACAAGCUGCACAAGGCUUUUGCUGCAGACCUUCGUGAUCUGUACUACAAUGGACUUACGGUCGAAACUCCUCAGGGUCCCACAACCUUCCACUGCAGCGUCGUAGGUGUGAAAGGCGACUGGGUCUUCCUCCGCAAGGAAUGGUUCAACUUUGCCACGGAUGCACCGUGGCGCUCCCCUGGUGAGAGCCCGACUCCAUUCAAGCGAAGAGGUAGUCCGUUGUUCACGGUGCCUGGGCUCAAAGCUCCAGAGCGGGCUUUGGUCGAUCCAGCCCACACGUGGCACAUCGGGCCCCUAGGAGACAGCAAGGGCACGUGUUAA